AUGGGGCGGCUCGAGAUCGAUUGGGACGAUUUGUUCGACAACUCGUCCACCGACCACGAGGAGGGCAUCUACUUGGGCUCCCCAUCGCCGGCGGCCGCUAAGCGGGCGCGGGUGGGGCCGGCGGCCACUAAGCGGGCGCGGGCGGGGGCGGAGGGCGUCGCGAGGGCGUCAUUGGGCGACGAACAGCCGCGAGGGACCCAAGCCCUCCACCUGAGGUUGGAAGCACUGUGCAGCGAGCUCGAACGACGCGUGGUGACCCGCGCGUCCGCGAAGACAGCUGCUGAUCGGGGACAGGAUACUCGUUCCGCUGCCGAGAAUGUACACAAUUUCAAUCAAGAGGAUGAGCAGGGGGAACAUGUGGCCUGUAAAUGCUGUCUCAAGUCAUCUCCUGUUUUAGUCAGAAGAAAGAAGAAUCAUGAGCAGGCUGAUGGCCAUCGCAAAAGGGUUCCUCGUGCUGCAGCGAAGAAUGACGACAAGGAACCUGCUGCUCCCCCAGAGGAAAUCUUUGAGGCGGUCAGAGAGAUACCGAGCUUGGAGCGUGCUGGUUUACUGAGAGCCUACAGCAUGCUCAUCCGUGAUGAUCGUUUGUUCAGAUCUCUAAUGGUGCUGCCUAAGGACAUGAGGAAGGACUGGCUGCUCAUGGAGAUCGAGAACCAGUGA